AUGCGAAACGAAACCUUUGGUGUCUCGGACGAUGAUAUGAAAUGUCGUGUAACAUUGGUCGCCCAUGAUAUAUCCCCAACCUUCUUGGUUUGGGAAGAGGGGACCGUUUUAUCGUCGACAUUAUUCCACAUUUCCACCCGAUCGUUGACCUUGAGAGCGAACAGUUUUUGUCUCGAUAACAAUGGCAAUUAUGAUAGCGCCUUCUCAUUCUCACAAUCACAUGAUGACGAUAAAGUCCAUAAUCUCGGAAAUCCUUACACGGAGGGAAGACAUUCUAGAAUUGCCGUAUCACCGCGAGACAUGAAAAAAGAAGCAAAAAUCACCGAGAAA